AUGCAGAAAAUUAUCUCUGUUGUGUUUUCAAUUAUCUUCAUCCUCACCAUUGUGGGAAACCUGAUCAUUGUGGUAACCAUAGCUUCCAGUCAGACACUAGAUUCCUCCAUGUAUUUUUUUCUGGUUCACCUGUCGUUCAUUGAUGGCUGCUAUCCCUCAGUCAGCACACCUAAACUGAUCGUCGACUACCUCUCAGAGACGAAAAUCAUCUUCUGCAAAGGCUUUAUGACCCAGGUCAUUGGAGAGCAUUUUUUUGGCGGGGCUGAGAUCAUUCUCCUCAUGGUGAUGGCCUAUGACCGUUACGUGGCUAUAUGCAAGCCGUUGCACUACACGACCAUCAUGAGCAGGCAUCUCUGUAGCUCACUGGUGGCCGUGGCCUGGGCCGGAGGCUUCCUUUAUGCCACAAUAAAGAUUCUCUUCAUGACACACUUACCAUUCUGUGGCCCCAAUAUCAUCGACCAUUUCAUGUGCGAUUUGUACCCCUUGCUGAAACUGGUCAGCACCAAUACUCACAACUUGCACCUGCUGGUUGCUGCUAACAGUGGCGGCAUGUGCGUGUUAAUCUUUGUCCUGUUGAUGAUUUCCUAUGCCAUCAUCAUACAUUCCCUGAAGACCCACAGUGCCGUGG